AUGACCAUCUGUGCGAACUGCGUUUCUGGUCACGUUCUCCCUGGGGACCCCACCGGGUCCACAGACCCGGCCAGUGGCUGCUAUCUAGCCCUGCGUAACCCGGCUAUCGCGGGUCGAGCAGAUGCAAAUAAAACUGCUAUCGUACUACUGACGGACAUUAUCGGACUUCGACUCAAGAACGCAAAGCUCCUAGCAGACCGGUUUGCACAGAGUUAUUUGAUGGCCUAUCCACGACUCAUACCACCUCCAGGUCACCCACCUGUCCGUCUCAUCGACGACGAGGCAAACCUCCGUAAAUUCAUUCCCGACGAGCCUGGGGCAAAGUUCUCGCUAUGGAACCGGUUUCAGUUUCUCUUCCUUAUCCUCAGAUGCGCACCUGGACUGUGGAAAACGAGGCCCUCUAUUGGGAGAGAGCGUGUACAGGCUUUCAUUCGUGACCUAAAGGAGAACAAGGGGUAUGAGAAGAUUGGUGUCAUCGGGUACUGCUAUGGCGGUGGAAUCGCCAUCAAACUUGCUAUGCAAAAAGGCAUGGUUGACGCCGUCGUCUCAUGUCACCCAGGGCCAGUAUGGCUGGAUGACUUUCCUCGAGUCGUUGUUCCAUUUGCCUUGUUCUGUCCAGAGGAGGACGAAUGGCUAUCGCCGGCCAAGAGAGAUCGAGCAGAGGCCGCGUUAAAGGUGCUCAAGAAUGUCCCAACAAAGGUCCAAACCUUUUCAGGAACUGUCCACGGAUUCUGCUGCCGUCCAGCCCUGGGGAUUCCCAAAGUCCAGACAGCAUUUGAGGGUGCAUUCGAAGAGGGCGUGGCUUGGUUCCAAACGCAUCUGUGA